AUGGCAGCCACCUUCAAGGCGAUGGGCAUCCUGGCCCUCGCCAGCUCAACAAUGGCGGUGUCGCCAUACGUCGCCAAUCUCUCCACCAACGCCCAAGGCCUCUUGACUGAGUCCAUGACGUGGAUGGACCAGUACUACGACCGUUCCGCGGGGUACCUCUACGACAUUGGAUCCGCGUCCGCGCUGCGGCACGAGACGCGCAGCUCCGUCUGGUACGCCCUGGGUCUGCUUGCGCGCAACGACGGCGACGACGCCGCGGAGGCCGAGAAGAUUAUCAAGAACACCAUUGGCGCGCAGUUCAAGAACGUAUCGGAGCAAUGGUACGGAGACUACCAAAAGUACGACGGGGAACCGUACGUGGGAUCGCCUUACUACGAGGACAGCAUCUACAACUCGUGGGACCCCAACUGGAGAGGUUUCGUCGGCACGACGCUCGUCAUGGCGUUGGAGGAGUUCCCCCACCUGCUGAGCAACGACACCCAGGAUCUCAUCCUCGAGUCGCUGCACAACACCACAAAGGGAGACGAGUACCGCGUCGGCGGCGUCGACGACGACAACCUCUACCCAGCCUACAGCAAUCCCGUAAGCUCCUUUCUUCUUAACAACAGCUGUAAUGCAGGCACUAACACCACCAAGGCCAUCAUGCGCGCCCUCGUCUCAGGCUACACCGGCCGCCGCCUCAACGACGCCAACAUGACGGCCUCGGGCGAGUCCUACGCCCAGGAGAUCAUCGAUCUCUUUGACCGCGCCAACACGCUCUCCGAGUUCAACUCGGGCACCUACACGGGCGUCUCCCUCUUCGGGCUGAUCCUCUGGUCCAAAUACCUCCCCGAGGACUCGGUCAUGACGCAAAAGGGCCCGCAGAUGCUCGCCGACACGUGGAAGGCCGUCGCGCAGCUCUGGCACCCGGGCAUGAAGAACAUGGCCGGCCCCUGGGACCGCGCCUACGGCUACGACAUGAACCGCUACGUCAGCUUGAUGGCGCUCUGGUUCUGGACCUUGAUUGGCAAGGAGAACUCUUCGCUCAUCUCUGCUCCUCAAGUCAUGUCCCACGCCGCCGACUACGCCUGGGCCCCCCUCUUCGCCGUCCUCGCCGACUUCCACGCAAGCCUCCUCCCCGAAGGCCUCGUCGCGAACCUCACCACCUUUGGCAGCGAAGACCGCACCUUCUCCGCCUCAACCUUUUACCCGCCCUACGACCUCGUCCCCCGCAACAUCAGCACCUGGCUCUCGGAAAACCUCACCAUCGGCGCAGAAUCCUUCAAGGAGAACGUCGUCGGCGGGCCCUCCAUCAACCAGGCGUCCUUCAACCCGGCCGUCGUGCAGUGGGACACGGGCGCCGAGAUCGCCUUUAUCUCGCUGCAUCCCACCGAGAUGUCGCUCGACGUCGAGGUCGCGCCGAACAAGCUGAGCCUGAGCUACCCCAACGGCACCGCCGACUCCAUCUUUACGUUUGUCGUCGGUACCUUUAUCAAGAAGCCCACCAUCACCGGCUGGGCUGAUGUUCAGGGCCUGUCUGUGAAUGUCUCGGGCAACGUCAACGAGACGUACGCGCUGUCGUUUGCUGGGUCCAUGGGAGGCACCAGCUCGCCCAUCCGCGACUUUGAGUUUUGGAACUUUACAUACACGCUGCCUCAGGGCUUCGAGGGCACGCCGAGCAUUGUCCUCGACUUGAACUUGUUGUAA